CAUUGAGAAUGUUGUUCAAGAGUAGUCCAAAGUUUGAUAUAAUGGAGUUUUUCUUCACCGUGUUGAUAAUUCUGAGUGUGGUUACACCCGGAUUGAGCAGCACAACAACCACUUUCAAUGUUUUGCAGUAUGGAGCAAUUGGAGAUGGAAAAACCAACGACUCCCCAGCAUUUCUGAAGGCUUGGAAAGAUGUUUGCCAGAGCAAAUCACAUAUAUCUAGGCUCAUCAUACCAGCAAAACGAACAUUCUUGCUCAAGCCUACUACCUUCAGUGGUCCAUGCAAAUCUAACUAUACCUACAUUCAGCUUUUAGGGGACAUUGUUGCACCAGAGACAAAAUCGGAAUAUUCUGGAUUCCACACGAACACAUGGCUUGGCUUCUCAUACGUCAAUGGUUUAAUUAUCAGUGGUAAAGGGACUAUCGAUGGUAAAGGCUCUGCCUGGUGGCAACAGCCUUGCAUAGGAAAUGUAAAAUCAGGGGCAAACUGCCGUCCACCAACAGCGUUAACAUUCUAUAGAUGCUAUCACCUUCAACUCAAAGGAUUUACAAGUAUUAAUCCCGCAAGAAGUCACAUGACUCUAACAAGUUGCAACAAUGGCAUCAUCUCUAAGCUGCGUCUAAUUGCUCCUGGAACAAGCCCUAAUACCGAUGGCAUUGAUAUUUCUGGUUCAACAGACAUUCGAGUACUUAACUCUUUCAUUGGAACAGGUGACGAUUGCAUUGCUAUUAGUGCUGGAUCCUCCAAGAUCAAUAUAACUGGUAUAACAUGUGGUCCAGGCCAUGGUAUCAGCAUUGGAUCGUUGGGAACACGCGGAGAGACCGAUAUUGUAGAGGACGUGCAUGUGAAGAAUUGUACUUUGACUGAAACAUUAACCGGAGUGAGAAUCAAGACAUGGCAGGGUGGAGGUGGAUAUGCUAGGAGGAUCUCUUUUGAGAAAAUCAAGUUUGUUCGAGCCAAUAGCCCCAUUAUCAUUGACCAGUUUUAUUGCCCUCAUAGAUCUGACUGCCAAAACAAGACUCAAGCAAUCAAGGUGAGUGAUGUGACUUACAAAGGAAUUUUUGGAACAUCAUUGACGGACAAGGCGAUCAAUUUGAGCUGCGACCAAAACGUGGGCUGCUCCAACCUUGUGUUUGAUCAUGUUUACAUAACGUCAGCAGAUCCAAAGCAGAAGGUUUUUUCCUAUUGCCAUAAUGCCCACGGAAUAGCCACUCACACCAAACCAUCCCUAAAGUGCUUGUUGAAGUAGCUCUUCCACAAUAGUUUGGUUGUCCUCAGAGCUGCCAUAUAUGCUUCUUAGUUUUUCUACUUUUUUUUGUUUUUGGAUCAUGGAGUAAAUAAUAUGUGUACGAGCUCUGUAUUUUAAAAUAAUUACUAUUACAAGAAUGGGAGUUAUAUUUGACAAUGUUAUCUAAGUAAUUUUGUGAAAAUAUAAAUAUGUCAACUGAUACGUAUCAUUAGUCAUUACACCAAUCAAUCGCUGUCCUACUUUUGAGUUGCCUUAUUUUGCAACCAACUAAUUGCUAUACCGAAAUAGAUAUUGAGAUGCAAAUGAGAAAAAAUAAAAAUAAAUAAGGGGGAAAAGGGCAAGGUACAAAAUAGUUCUGACUUUUAAUUAAUUACUUUUAUGCAAUUGACGGUAUGAUAGUAUAAUGUAACAAAUUCUAUAAGGGGGAUAAUG